CAGAGAUCAAGUUUUGAGUCCAAGUCAAGACCGAGUUCACAUCCAGCUUUAUCUGGACUCAAUACUUAAUCUCUGGUCUUGUUCUUGACUCGGGUUGAACUCAAAUACAACACUAUCCAUGAAUUUAUUGUUUAAGAAAGGCAGAAAAAUAGUAAUGCACUUUAUUAGUUUUUAUUCAGAUGGCCAAGUUAUUUACUUUAAAGGUGACAUAGAAUGAUUGAACGGAGUAUUUAUCCUUGUUCUGUGAUGUGACAUGUAGACAAAAAAAUUUGUGUUUGGGUCUGUAAUGCCUUAGAAGCUUCCUAAAAACCUCUCUCAGAAAGCUCUAUUAGGGUGGGGGAUUUUAAACAAGUGGUUUUGCACCUAUUUGGCUCCCCCUACUGGCUUAACUUGCAAUCUCAUUACUAAUUGGCUGACUUUGCUGCCACUCAAAAAAUGUAGCCAAUUAUUUUAAAGUGGAGGGGCAGUUAGAUGCCUCUGAUGUCAUAAGCAUCAGUUUUUCAGAUUGGGCUGUUUUCUGGCUGACAUUUCUAAAAGAGGAAUUUCUAUGAGACUGAGAUGUUUAGCAUGUUUUGCACUUUUUGUAUGUUUGUGAAUGUGGGUAGACUACCAUUAUUCAACAAAGACAAGGUAAAAAUGGUUUUUCAUUCUCUGUCCCCUUUAAGUCCUUAAUAGAUUUUUUUUAAUGGUUGCAUGUUCGGCUUGAUUAAUUUCUGCUUUCUGAGAGAAGUUGAUUUUGUUUAAAAAAAAAUGUAUAAAAACGCAAAUUUAGUUUGACAUCCUCGCUCCUAUUCAAACUGCUGAAACAUCGGAGCUCUCUGAAAAGGAAAGAGUCCACAUUGAAGCACUUUAUGAUGCUGUAUGGUCUUUGAGACAAACAAAUUACUACUCAUCAACAGACGUGAAAUAUCGUAAGUGAUCUAUAUACAAGGUGAUUAGGUAAGCAGGUGUGUUAUCAGGGAGAGGAUCAGGCUUAAUAUUUUCCUCGAGUGAUGCAUGGGUACACACUGUGACUACAGUGAAUCUGAUGGCCUGCCAUUCACAUCAUUUGUUUUUAAACACACGGGAACUUCAGUCUUAUUGACUUAGCAAACCUUACAUCCCCACCCAUUAAAGCCUGUGGGCCAAAGCUGUUUGUGAGCCAAUUACUGCCCUCCUUUUUACUUUGUCUGAGGAAAAACCACUAACUACUUUCCCCAGGGUUUUACACUGACAUUCAGAUUAAAAAUCACUGAUCAUAAAAACCUGACAAAUUGGUGCACAAAUUCCCAGUGUACCGUGAGAUGCCUGCACACUAGAUGCACGAUAGGAUCAUUUGUGAACAUAUGAGGCUAAAUGCAACAACUCUGGAGCACUUGUAAAGUGCAUGCGAUUUUACCCAUUUGUGUAAAGGCUUAAGUCAACAUGAACCUUGAAAGUAAUGGCUUAUCUGUGCAGUGUUUCCUAAAGUCUAAGGUGAUCGGGAAGAUGAGACGCAGGGUUCAGGAGAUGAGAAAACCAAACCAUCAAGUGUCUUCUGUAGACUUAAGUCACAACGAGAGCACACGUCUGGCCAUGGAUGCUCUCUUGGACAACGGCUUAACCGGAUACCAAGAAAUGUUGAUCAAGGAGAACGAGGCCAACUUUCUUUCAGUGGAGGAAAAAGCAUACAUCUUAAACAACCUCAAAAAGCCCCUCGCUGACAACGAAGAGGCAGAUGGGGAUGAAGAGGUGUCCGGUUCUCCAUCUGCGUCCUCUCAGAUGUACAACCCUGUGGCCUCCGAGAGCGAUCCGCCCGCUCUCGCCUUUGGCUGGCCGGUGGCUGACUGGAGUUACCAUCUGCAAGGCAUUCCUAGCACAGAAGUGUUUUUCCAGUCGGCUAAAUCCGCUUCUUUGAAAGACCUGCUGCGGGAACUUAUCAGGAAAGCUACUACAGUUUUGGCCAUAGUCAUGGACACAUUUACUGAUGUGGAGAUUUUCUGUGACGUACUGGAAGCAACAAGAAAGCGCAGUGUAUCUGUCUAUCUGCUUCUGGACCACACCAAUUUACAGGUGUUUGAGGAGAUGUGUGAAAAUGUAAAAGUCUCCAAGGCACACCUUACUCGAAUGUCAAUUCGUAGCAUUCAGGGUCAAACAUACUGUGCCAAAUCCGGGAGAAAGUUUACUGGCCAGGUUAAAGAGAAAUUCAUCAUUGUAGACUGCAAACAAGUGCUGGUCGGCUCAUACAGUUUCACCUGGCUCUCCUGGCAGGUUCACAAAAGCUUGGCUGUGCUUUUUAAAGGCAGUGCGGUAAAACCAUUUGACCUGGAGUUUCGCAGGCUUUAUGCCACUUCUAAACCGGUGCCAGAUUUUUCCCAGCACACAUCAGGUGCUGGUGAAGCCUACAGCCCAAAAACACAGAGCCCAGGCACUGCUAUAAACACUGGACCUGCCAUUUAUCAUUUCCAACAGAAACCCAGCAGCCCAAGUUUCCCUACACCUCCUGUACUGGUAAGACAGACCAGUUAUCCAUGCACUUCAACCGGACCACAAAGAUCUCAGUGGCUUACACGGAGGAACACGAUUCAUCAUCCCAUUGCUUCUCAGUUCCCACUGUUUAACGAUUAUAACAUUAGGGGUCAACCCAUCAGCAGAGUCCCAACAUUUCACUGGUGCUAGAUUUAGAAACAACCCACAGGUUUAGAUAACAUUGCUGUAUAUUAAAGUAUAAGGGUUCAUAAAAAAAAUGAUAUCUGUUGUAUGCCACCAUAAACAUGUUACUGAAUAAUCCUUAACCAAAUUAACAGCUGUUUACUGUUGUGGUUCACUAUUAUAAAUAUGUAAGUAUAUAAAAGUGCUUUGUGUUUGGAUUUAAGAUGACAUUACAUUAUUCACAAAAAAAAAAAUGCUGGGGCACUUAUAAUAGUACAGCAUUACGUUUUAUGUUUAUAAAAAAUAAUCUGUGUUUAAAGUUUUAUUUUCACAUUUAACUAUCAGCCAUCAUUGAUAACAAUGUAUUGUGUAUUACGCU